CUGCCCUGGAACGGUUCUCGGAAACACGUCCAUUUUCUGCUUUGUUGACUUUUGUAGUCGGGGAGUCAUGUGAUUUCACCUUCAGUUUCGAGCUCAGCCCACAUUCCAGGUUGAGUCCAGACCCGGUGCCGAAGUCCAACUCUCACCAGUAGAUAGUGUCUAUCGCCCUCUAGCGGUUGAAUUGAAGUGGAAACUAUUUUGCGGGACAACUUUUUUUCAUUGAAAACAUUGCUACAGUCCUUCCUCUAAAUCUAAGCUCAGAUGGUCUUGAACGUCUCACCAGGGAGACCUCGAGGAGGCGCUCGAUUCCAGAAUCUCCUCAGUGUUAUUUCUCUCACCACCCAAAUCCCUUGUCGUUUGGCUCAGCUCUUUUCCUCAACCAGGACAGAACAUGAGAACCACAGACUGGGAGAAGCAGAUCCACAUCUCAGCUACAAUCCACAGAGACAGAAGAUAAAAAUCCUUCCAUAAAUAAGUCAUUUUUAAUAGAAUAGCUUCACCAGUUGUAUUAAUUUAAAAGGAAAUUGCACUAGAAGCUCGGUCAUUUUAAAGGUUUAACCGAAGACAAAGAUGAACUUUUAAUAAGGUUCCACUUCUUUUGAACAAUGACUGGUAGAGUAACUUCCCUGUUUUGGAAAUUUGCAAGUGCUAAAGGAACAGGAAACACGCCCAAUUUCGCAGCCUUGAAGCCACCACACGACUUCAAGACAAAAGGUCUCGAAAGAGGAGCGUCGGAGGAUUCCAGAUGAAGCUCUUCGGCCUGUGUCUGGUCCUGAUGCUGGCCUCAGAAGGUCACUUGUGGUCGAUAAAUGUUACCCGAAGGAUUCAAGCUCAGCUGGGCUUGAGCGUGGUGGUCCCCUGCACCUUCACCGUGCCACCAGAGAGCACCGACAUCAAGCUUUUCUGGAAAAAGUCAAAAACAAAGAACCAUUUCCCUCAUAAGGACAUGGACAGGAACGCUUUUGUUUAUCACCCGAAUAACUCCUUCGUGAUGCCCAAGUACAGAGGAAAGACCAGUCUGCUGGGCCAGGGCAACAACUGCUCGCUGAAGAUCCAGAACAUCCAAGAGAUCGAGCCGUCGAUCUACCUGAGAAUCACCACUAAACAGGACAACUACAGUUUUAUCAAGAACAACGUCUUCAUUUCCAUCCAGGGACAAGCCGUGCCUUCAGUCACCCUCAACCCAGCAGAAGUCACAGCAAGGUCAUUGCCCUACGCAGAUGUUUCCACUACACCAGCGACCGCCUCUGCAUCCACUGAAGGGACACAGACUCCAACUCACACUUAUGUCACCAUCGUGGUUCCACUUGUUGCGAUUCUCCUCCUCGCUGGUGUCGCUGGCUUCCUGGUUUACACAAGAUGUGGAAGCUUACGCAAGGUGAGAGUGCAGGAGUCUUUGCGUUACGCCAACUUCCACAGGAAAGACGCACACGAGGACUGCAAAAAUGAAACACUGAAGUCCGAUAAGGAUCCCCCUGCGAUGAAGAACCUCGAUGAGCCGGUUUACGUCAACUAUUCUAACCAGGCGACUCACAUGGCGCCCAAGGAAGAACACACUGAUCACAUAUACGCAAAUGUGGAUUUCACUUAAACAUGUCGCCUGAUGAGAAUCCAAGGGAUUUGAGUGCAUUUCCUGUGGUUUCUUGUUCUGCUUUUGGUUUUAUUCUGCAUCCAUUAAAGCCCUCUGACUUGCUCAGUGAACCGUCUCGCCUCAGAGUCUCAGAGUCACUGGUCUGGCACAGUCUGUCCAGUGACCGGAAGCAGCUCUCAGAUGGAUGCGAGAAGCAGGAUAAAGGAUAAAUCCUUUUCUUCUUUUACUCUGGUUCAGCUUGUUUUUACAUCUUUACUUUUUGCAUUUGCAUUGCAAUAACAAUGUAAUUUCUUCUUUUUAAGCCAUAUUCACUGAGGGUCAUUUUCAACUUUUAUUUUCUGCAAUUCAUUUCCUCAUUUCUUUGAUGAUGGUUGCUGUUGCGCAACGCUUAUGAAAACAAUCGAGAUGUGCAAAGAGUCAAACGGGAACAAAGAGGUUUUAUAUGAAAGAAUGGAAGCGUCAAGAUUCAGAAUGAGAUAAUAGUAAUGAGAAUAAUUGAACUCUAUCAUUUGCUCUCAUUUUCUAAAGAUGCUCGUCUCCCUCUUGUGGGUUACACACAAUGACUCCGUGUAUUUAUUCGAAAUGAGACGUUUCUGCCAUAUUUCAUGAAGUUGAAAUGAAUUCCAGGAUUGUAAUUUGAAUGAAAGAAUUCAAUUGUUUAUUUCGAUCACACAACACACAGACUAACGCAACAAACACAGCCCACGCGACACUCCAUCACUUUCACGCCAAAAGGAGAGGAAAGAAAUAUGAAGUGCUCAUGAAUGUUUGUCAACUAUUGCGCAGUGAAUUUUAGGUUUCUAUUCACCAAAUCCAUGUGUGCAUGUUUCUCUUCCUGUUUCCAAAACAAGAGUUUGGAAAGCAUCAGUUCAAAAAUGGUUUCUCAGUAAAUCCUGACGCCAGCAACACACAACUUCCAUAUUUAGUGAGUGGAUUCAUCUCACUGUGUGUGGCCUUCAGGAGAGUCAGAGCAGUUGAAGGCAGCGUUUUAGCUGAUGG